AUCGAAAUCCUUUCUCCCGGCAAAACUCAAAGGCUUCACAGGUUGCAUCAUUGCAUGCAUCUCUGCGAUCGUCUUUUGAAGCUGUCUUCGUUACAGUUUCUAAUUAUACCCUACCUACUGCCGCUUCUGGAAGUAACAGCGACCUUGGGUUCUCUCCUCCUCUAGACUUUGCCCUUGCUCACUAGUGAUUUUGCAAACGAACUAAAAGCGCUGCAGCAGCAAGCACAGGUCACGGUCACUGGCACGGCACUGCGCACUACGCACCUGUCACAGUCGUUUGACUUGAUAAGAGGAUGAAGCUCAGCAUGUCACAAGGAGAAGCUGUUCGCCACUUCCAGUAGUUAAUUGUAGGCGCUGCUGAGCCUUUUAGGUUAUAUUUGGACGAGAAAGUGAAAGAAUGAACAAAAGGCCGCCACCAGAUCCUGUGGCCGUAUUGCGAGGCCACCGUGCUUCUGUUAUGGACAUUUGUUUUCAUCCAUUUAAAUCCAUAUUAUUCUCUGGUUCUGCUGAUGGUGAACUUCGGAUUUGGGAUACCAUUCAACAUCGAACUUUGUCAUCUGCAUGGAUACACAGUGCCGCCCAUGGGAUAAUUGCUUUGGCUAGUAGCGCAUCCCUUGGAACCAAUAAAUUUCUGAGCCAGGGUAGGGAUGGAACUGUGAAACUAUGGGAUAUUGGUGAUGGUGGUUUGUCCAGGAUUCCACAUCUUACAAUCAAGACAAACUCUUACCAUUUUUGCAAGCUUUCCUUAGUGAAGAAGCCCAUCACUUGGUCUAAAUCUAAAGAAGAGAAUGCGUCAAGAGAUUGCCUCAGAAUGGAGCUAAAGGGAAAUUCUGAUACUGAAAAUCUGGAACUUAGAAGAGAAGAGACUCCGUCCAACCAUGGUAGUUCUGAAAGCUCUGAAGGUAAAGCAUGUCCUGAAGAAUAUGUGGCUUUAUCGGGGGAGCAGCCUUCUGAGGUUGAAAUUUGGGACCUCAAGUCUGCAAAGAAGUUCGCACAACUACCUUCAAACAUUCCUAGUAGCUCCUCAAAUGUCUGUGAUAAAAACAGAGGGAUGUGCAUGGCGCUUCAAUUAUUUUUACCUUCUGAAUCUCAAGGAUUUCUGAAUGUCUUGGCUGGAUAUGAAGAUGGUUCCAUGCUUUGGUGGGACGUACGGAAUCCUGGAACUCCUGUAACCCCUGUGAAGUUCCAUUCUGAACCAGUUCUUAGUGUUUGUAUUGAUGGGUUUUGCAAGGGAGGUAUAUCUGGAGCUGCAGAUGACAAAAUUGUAAUGUAUAGCUUGGAGCAUUCUACGGGUACGUGUAUGGUCAAGAGAGAAAUCAACUUGGAGCGACCUGGAAUAUCAGGCACCUCAAUCAGACCGGACGGAAAACUUGCUGCCACUGCUGGCUGGGACCAUAGAGUGAGGAUAUAUAAUUAUCGCAAAGGAAAUGCUUUGGCAAUAUUGAAGUAUCAUCAUGCCACGUGCAAUGCUGUCACUUAUUCAUCUGAUUCCAAAAUCAUGGCCUCUGCUUCAGAGGACGCAACAGUGGCACUAUGGGAACUUUACCCUCCUCAAAAUAGAAACUAACUAGUGUGAAAGGUUUCAUGCGUUGUACAUAACUUAAGCCGUAGUAUCCAUGAAUUUUAAGUCAUUUCUCCUAUAGAUUUUAUAUAUUAGUAUUAAUAUUGAUGGUUUCUAAGUUAUUUCUCCUUCAUUUUUGUUUAGUACUUUAUCUUGGUCAUGAAACAAGUGGUUCGAUUUUAAGGAUUUUUUUUUUUUGGGACCAAAAGAUGUCAAGGAUUUGAAUGGUAGGUGAUUACUGAGAUUGAGUGAUGCCUUUCCUCGGUUAUCAA